AUGGCAACCAAGAAAGCUGUACUUCGAGCAAUGAAGCUCUUCAUUGUAGGCCUUAUUGUUCAAGGUGGUUUCUUCCAUGGCCUUCACAAUUUAACUUAUGGAGUUGACAUUUUGAGAAUACGAUGGAUGGGCAUAUUACAGAGAAUUGCAGUAGCCUAUCUGUUGGCUGCAGUAUGUGAAAUCCGGCUUAAAAAUGACGAUGAUGAUAGUGAUGUCUACUCUGGAUACUACCUAAUCAGGCGAUACCGAUUUCAACUGCUGGUGAGUUUGAUUCUUACUACCAUUUACAUGGUUCUCCUGUAUGGUUUAUAUGUUCCUGAUUGGGAAUAUCAGAUACCAGUGGCAGGCUCCAAGACCAAGUCCUUCUCAGUCAAAUGUGGGGUGAGGGGUGACAUAGGACCUGCUUGCAAUGCUGUGGGAAUGAUUGAUCGUCAAGUCCUUGGCAUCCAACAUCUGUAUCAACGUCCCGUGUACGAAAGAACAAAGCAAUGCAGCAUAAAUUCACCAGCUAGUGGCCCACUUCCAUCUGAUGCUCCUCCAUGGUGCCAAGCUCCUUUUGAUCCUGAAGGGCUACUUAGUUCUGUCAUGGCAAUUGUUACUUGCUUGAUCGGGUUGCAAUUCGGGCAUGCUAUCAUACAUUUUAAGGGUCACAAGAACAGAAUUAUACAGUGGAUGAUUCCUUCCUUAUUUCUAUUAGUGUUCGCCUUUUUGUUGGACUUCGGCUUUGGAAUGCAUAUGAACAAGGCCCUGUACACAUUAAGUUAUACAUGCUUCACCGCUGGGGUUGCUGGGAUUCUCUUCACUGGACUAUAUGUGUUGGUUAGAGAUCCAAAACUGUUCACUUCUUUCAAACAUUUCCAUUCAAUAUGUAUAAUUCUUUCAUCUAGGGAUACAACCAGAUAUGACUACUCACUCUUGAUAUCUACAGGUUGAUGUCUGUGGCUGUAGGAAACCAACCUUGGCUAUGGAAUGGUUGGGGAUGCAUGCACUUAUGAUCUACAUUCUAAUAGGUUGCAACAUCUUGCCAGUCUUUAUACAGGGAUUCUAUUGGAGGGAGCCUAAGAACAAUGUCAUGAGUAGCUUAAUCUAACAAACCCUUCCCUUGUGCCAGCUUUUGCUUUUACAAGUGCAUGCUAACCACAAACAGGGAAAGUGGAACAACUUUUUGUUGUUGUGAUCUACGAACAGCUGAAGGUCAUUGGCAUUUCCUGAAACCUCAACAAUAACAAGAGGAAUGCAGGAUCUCGUGACAUGUAACUUUUGUCUACAAACAAAAAGGGAAGGAAAUGUAUGCAAUUUCUUAGUUCAAGUUUCUAAUGCUUGCAGAACAGGAUCUGCUGUGUUGGUGUGAAUGCAUGAUCAACCAUGUUUUUUCUGAGCAUGUAAAAUGGAUAUUACAAGUUUUAUCAUCUACAAGUUUUAGCUCUGUGCAUUUCAAGCAUUACUUGCUCUACACUCAGGAUCACCAGAUGACACGAUAACUAUCAGUUUCUUUUACUAUUGAAUCUAGCAAAAGUGGGUUAAUGAUUCUACAAGGAAAAUGCCAUUCACAAAGCUGGGCAAUCGAAACUAGCCAAGAAAAACUGCCACGUGAUGACAUCAAGAUAAACACAAUUUGAACUUUCUUUGUGAGGUCUUAUGAUUAUGCAUGCAGUCAGAACU